AUGUUCUGUUUACGGAGCUGUAACUGGUCCGACCGGUGCUUCUUCGAUUUUGGCAGCAAUUGGUUUGAGCCACGGACAACCAUCGGUGCCGUGGGUGCCAGUGGAGGUUGCACCAACUGCCAGAACCACACUGGACAUGUGGCAGCAGCGGCCACGUCCGCCACCAACGGCACGAUGUCAGUUAUGGACGACCUUCACGAGACAGUUUCCAUGGCGGUGGAGCUGGCGAAUUCGACGGUGUCGACAGUAGCUGGAUCGGCGGUCGAGCAGUUGGUGCAGACCAAGGCGGAGUGGACGGGCAUCGGUAUGGAGUGGCUGAGGAGUCUGCUGGGCCGGCGAGAGUGGCAUAUCGACUGCCUUGACGUGUGUAUCCGAUUAUAA